ACAGGUUUCAAAUGCCCCUCGCGCCUAAGCCACGUUCUAAUACAUCACUUCACAAUCACUGCGCGCGGUCCCAUACGGGUAUACAGCCCGACCACUAUUUCAAACGGUCUCAAAAACGUUUCACAAACUUGUUUCCUCACUCAGGACACAGUCGGUGUAACACACACAUCCUCUCCCUCACAUCCUCUCCCUGCCUAUCAAAUUCGUCCUUGGCCACUCGCAUCUUCGGACUCAGAAAACACAGUUCACAUUGCCACCUUACAAACGAAGGCCGGAUUCCUCCGCAUCGAAUAACAAUUAUCAAACUACAGCACGUGCGCGUCCACCUUGAGGGAGUAGGGACAGCUACGGUGCCAGGCUUGAAAUCCGCCCUCAGAGAAAUCCGAGGUCCCCAAAUCGGACCCAAAUUUCGGGUCUGAGCCGUGGAAGGGGAGAGGUUGUAGAGUCACUCCAAGCUCGGAGUGAAACUGCGCAGGUGCAUCCCGAAAUGCAGCGAAGGAUUUACCUCUUUCAGCUCACGCGUGCUUUCCUUUCGGACUACGUUUCCCAGAGGACACAGCGGUUCAAAGCUAGUUCCGGUAGAAACGUUGGCAGAGUGGUCGGCUGCUGAGACUGGUGAGAGCUUUCUACCCAACCAGCAGAGCGUGCAAGACUAGGUGUGCGGUCUCUCGUGGAAUGCGAAUCAGAAUUUGGACCAGAGCCCUUCCUGAGGAUGCUGAAGCAAUAUUUUUCUUUGCACUGAGAGUUUCUUCUAAAGUGGAACUAAGAAGAGGACUAAUACAUUGAAUCUUAAAAACAUGGCCCAUUACUGUGCUCUGUCAUUUUAGGGGUUGGUGAUGUUCAAAGAUGUAGCUAUAGAUGUCUCUCAGGAGGAAUGGGAAUGCCUGAACCCCACGCAGAGGAAUUUGUACAAAGAUGUGAUGUUGGAGAACUAUAGCAACUUGGUUUCACUGGGACUUUCUAUAUCUAAGCCGGCUGUGAUCUCUUCAUUAGAGCAAGGGAAGGAACCCUGGAUGGUUGUGAGGGAAAUGACAGGAAGACGGUGCCCAGAGUUGGUGUCCAGGUGUGAGACCAAGAAGUUAUCUCCAAAAAGAGACAUUUAUGAGACAGAGCCAUCUCAAUGGGCUGUCAUGGAACAAUUUAAAAGUCAUAUCCCUGAAAAGUCCAUUUUCAGAGAUAUUUGGGAAUGCAGUAGUCACUUUGAGACACAACAGGAACAGGAGAGCUAUUUCAGGCAAUUCGUUAUCAACCAUGAACCCAUGCCUAUAUUUAACCAACAUACUUUACUCACUCAGGAAUUUUAUAAUAGAGAGAAAAUUUUUGAAUGUAAAGAAUGUAGAAAAAACUUCAGUUACCAUUUAUUUUUUAGUCAUCACAAAAGAACUCAUUCUGAAGAAAAACUUUCUGAAUGUAAGGAAUGUGCAGAAACUAUUAAUACAUUGUAUCUUACUAAACAGAGAAUUCAAAAUAGUAGCAAGGGCAAUGAAUGUAAGGAAUGUUGGAGGGCUUUUCUUCAUUGUUCACAACUUAAACAACACCUGAGAAUCCAUAAUGGUGAAAAACACUAUGAAUGUAAAGAAUGUGGAAAGGCCUUUAAUUAUGGCUCAGAACUUAUUCUGCAUCAGAGAAUUCACACUGGUGAAAAACCCUAUGAAUGUAAGGAAUGUGGGAAGGCCUUUAGGCAGCGAUCACAGCUUACUCAACAUCAGAGACUUCAUACUGGUGAAAAACCUUAUGAAUGUAAACAAUGUGGAAAGGCUUUUAUUCGUGGCUUUCAACUGACUGAACAUCUUCGACUCCAUACUGGUGAGAAACCCUAUGAAUGUAAAGAAUGUGGGAAGACUUUUAGGCAUCGCUCACACCUUACCAUACAUCAGAGAAUUCAUACUGGUGAGAAACCCUACGAAUGUAGAGAAUGUGGAAAGGCCUUUAGCUAUCACUCAAGCUUCUCUCACCAUCAGAAAAUUCAUUCUGGCAAAAAACCUUAUGAAUGUAGUGAAUGUGGGAAGGCCUUUUGUGAUGGCUUACAACUUAGUCUACAUCAGAGGAUUCAUACUGGUGAGAAACCCUAUGAGUGCAAGGAAUGUGGGAAGUCUUUUAGACAGGGCUCACACCUCAAAAGACAUCAGAGAAUUCAUACUGGUGAGAAACCUCAUGAAUGUAUGAUAUGUGGUAAGGCCUUUAGACUUCAUUCACACCUUAUUCAACAUCAGAGAAUACAUACUGGUGAGAAGCCCUAUGAAUGUAAGGAAUGUGGGAAGGCCUUUAGCUAUCAUUCAAGCUUCUCACACCAUCAGAGAAUUCAUUCUGGGAAGAAACCUUACGAGUGUGGAAAGGCCUUUAAUCAUGGCUUGCAAUUUAAUCUACAUCAGGGACUUCAUACUGUUGAGAUGCCAGUAAGAUUUCCUCUCCUUUCUCCCCAUCCUAGUCUAGCAUCAUGAUAUCAUUUUUAGAAAUAUUGGUUUUCCUUUAAUGUAAAAGUUGGUAAAAUAACUGAAUUUAUUAGUAUUGAUUUAUUUCAGUAAUCCUUGGGAAAAAACUUCAAGUGGAAAAAUGAAAAAGUAAUUAACAGGUAAAAAUUCUUAAUUGCUCUGGUUCAAUUGCUGUUUCUGGGUUGUUAUAACACCCAGUAUUGGAGAUCAUUUUAUAAAGUAGUGUUUUUACUGAAACUAGUGAAAUGUGGCAGAAAUAAAAUCAAAACAGUUUCUUCUCAUUCCACAAAUCCCUGAGAUAGCUAGUAUGGGUGUGUAGCUCUUUCCUGCUCAAGCAUACCUGCAAGGAUGAAGGGUUUAUUGGAUGUCAGUGGAAGGUUAUACCACCUAGAAUGUUAUAUUUCAUGGCGCUUUCUUUUUGCACAAAUAAUUGCAAACAUUUUCUCAGGUGAAUACAUAAUAGAUCUAACUCACUGUUUUUAAAGCUUCAGAAUAUUUCUAGUAUGGAAUAUAUAUCUGUAUUUUAAGCCAUUUCCUGCUCUACACAUUAAGUUGUUUCUAUUUUUUAUCACAAAUGACUAAAAAACAUUCUUACAUCAUUCUUUCAUUUCCGUUGGGUAGAUUACCACCCAUGUACAGUGUAAGUAUGUUUUGAUGUUACAUUGAUUUUUUUAAUUAAAAAAUUUAGGGGGCACCUGGGUGGCUCAGUGGGUUAAAGCCUCUGCCUUCAGCUCAGGUCAUGAUCCUGGGGUCCUGGGAUCGAGCCCCACAUCUGGCUCUCUGCUCAGCGGGGAGCCUGCUUCUCCCUCUCUCUCUCUGCCUGCCUCUCUGCCUACUUGUGAUCUCUCUCUCUGUCAAAUAAAAAAAAGUUUAGGUAAUAAAAGCACAUGCUACAAAAUUCAAAAGUAAUCAAACAAGUAAAAAUUGAAGCUUCCUUAAUAUCUGGUUCUAUAGCCACGUGGUUUACUUACCCAAGGUCAACCAUAGCUGUCAAUUCUUAUAUAUUCUAGGGUUUAACUUUUAUACUUGAUCUUAGCCAAAAGGCCGAGAAGCAAUCUAGGGAUUAACUUUUAAAAUUCUUUGGAUGAAAGUGGAUUAAUCAUAAUCUUUUACUCAUGAAAUUCUCAUUGUUAUUCCAAAUUUAGCCCUCUUUCACUUAUUUUCAAUAUUAUUCAGGGAUUUACAAACAUUGUGCCAAUUACAAACUUACUUCCUUUCUGCUCCAAAUCCUUCAUAUUCAGCUCUGCGAUAUUUGAACUCUCUUUAAUGAUAUUAUUUAUUCGAGUUCUCUAUUUUUGGUUAAGUCAGACAAGCAAAAGGUUUUUCAACUUUGUCUUUUAAAAAAAAACAACUCUUAAGUUUUAUUGAUCCUUUCUAUUGUCUUUUUAAAAAUUUAUUUAUUUAUUUUUAAAAUUUCUUUUCAGUGUUCCAGAAUUCAUUGUUUAUGCACUACACCCAGUGCUCCAUGCAAUACGUCCCCUCCAUAAUACCCACCACCAGGCUUACCCAUCCCCCACCCCCCUCCUCUCCAGAACCCUCAAAUUGUUUUUUAAGAGUCCACAGUCUCUCAUGGUUUGUCUCCCCUUCCAGUUACACCCAACUCCCUUCUCCUUUCUAACUCCCCAUGUCCUCCGUGCUAUUUGUUAUGCUCCACAAAUAAGCGAAAUCAUAUGAUAAUUCUCUCUGCUUGACUUCUUUCACUCAGCAUAAUCUCUUCAGUCCCGUCCAUGUCGAUACAAAAGUUGGGUAUUUAUCCUUUCUGAUGGAGGCAUAAUACUCCAUGGUAUAUAUGGACCACAUCUUCCUAUUAUCUUUUUUUUUUUUUUAAGAUUUUGUUUAUUUAUUUGACAGACGUCACAAGUAGGCUGAGAGGCAGGCAGAGAGGAAGGGAAGCAGGCUCCCUGCUGAGCAGAAAGCCCAAUUUGGGGCUCAAUCUCAGGACCCUGGGAUCAUGACCUGAGCCAAAGGCAGAGGCUUUAACCUACUGCGCCAUUGGGUGCCCCUGGUUUCUGUUUUGAUCCAUUGAUUGUUCAAGAGUGUGUACUCCUGAAAAUUUAUUAUUUUCACAUAUUUGUGAAUUUUCCAGUUUUCCUCCCGUUUGUAGUUUCAAACUAUUGUGCUCAAAAAAGUAACUUGAUAUGAUUUCAGUCUUAAACAUGUUAAGACUUGUCUUAUAGCCUAACAUAUGUGUGUUCUUGAGAAGAAUGUGUAUUCUGCUGCUAUUGAAUAGAAUGUUCUGUGUAUGUAUGCUAGUUCCAUUUGGUCUAAAGUGUUAUUCAGGUCCACUUUUUCCUUACUGAUUUUCUGUCUGAAAUAGCUGUCCAUUGUUUAAAGUUGGAUAUUGAAAUUCUCCACUGUCCUUUUAUUGCUUUCUAUUCCUCUCUUCAGGUCUGUCAGUAUUUGCUUUAAUGCUUUAAAUGCUCUGUUGAAUGCAUACAUAUUUAUAAUUUUUAUGUCCUCUUUAUGAAUCGACUAUGUAGCGAAACUUGAAUGUAGCGAACUAUGAGUUACUAUAUAGCGAACCUUGUCUCCUGACAGAUUUUAACUAAAACUCUGGUUUUUUUUUU